AUGAAUUUGGACAAGUUGAUUCCUACAAUAAAUGACGUCGUUUUUUCUGAAGAAAUCUUACAUAGCGAUGAUGAAAUCCAAAAAUUAAAGCAAGCGGGUACAACUGCUUCAGUAUCUUAUCUAAUUGUUAUUGCUUCUGCUAUUGGAAUAUCUUUAUAUCGUUUAUUACCUCCUACAAAAGAAUUUUGUUCAAAAUUUCGUGUGAUUGAAGAGCAUUAUCAACAAUUAUAUACUAGAGAACCCGUAUCAGCUGUGAAUGUAUACAUAUCAUCUCAUCAAUUUCAUGGUACAAAUGGUAUUCCUUUCAUAAUUGCGGGUGGUAUGCGAGGACUUAUCGAAAUAUUUAGUUACGAUUUUGAUUUCAAAAUACAAGAGAUUCAAUCUAUAGAACCUCCAAUGUCAUCUGCUCCGGUUACUCAUAUAAUUUCACGUCCUCCUCAGGCUGAUUAUGAAGGUCUAAUCAUUGUUGGUCAUGGUGGUCUUGAUCCAACUUUGAAUAAUGAUUUCAUAGAACAAAUUGAUCCAAAACCUAUGAUUAGGUUUUUCAAAACUUCUUUUGGUAUUGGCCAUCAAUCUUGUCAAGAAUUGGAUCAAAGUUUUGAAGGUCGUCCGGAUUCUAAUGUUAUCAAAGGAAGAAUUAUUUCAAUUUCUUCCGCUGUUGAUGGUAUUGAUUACAUUUUAUGUGUCGCCUUGGAUUCUACUUACAUGGAAAAAGAUGCCAAAGAUGGUCUUGAACUUGCCAUAUUUAAAAUUGAGAAUGCUCAAAAUAUUUCUCUUAUAUGUUGGGAAAAUAUUUCUAUACUUUGCAAUUUGUUACCUGUAUUGGACAUUGAUGCUCCUAUACGCUAUGCUAAGUGUGAAAUUCUUUUACCUAAUAGAACGGUCCUUUUUGAUCCGAACAUUAAAUCUCAAUGUGAACUAUUUUAUGAUCUGAAACCAUCAUUUACUGAGUGGUUUGACGAUGCUGAGUUUAGAAAAUAUACUCCUUAUUCCGCAAUCACAUUUAGUGCUAUUCGUUCUCGACGUAAUCAAUUGGAUGGUGAACUCAUUUUUGAUAUGUUACUUCGAUUUGUAAAUAUUGAACCAGAGUCUUAUCCUCCACCUGAUACUGAAGCAUUAAAGAUUUUGUUUGAUGAGAUAUUUAAAAGCAAUGAUAUUGAUAUGUUAAGAAAACAUUGCCUUGUAUAUUAUCUUUUGAAAGAUUGGCAAGCUUUCAGCAAAAGGUAUCAAAAAUAUGCAACCAGAUUUUUGAUACCACCAAAUUUCUUGUGUCUUAUGGAUGGGUAUUGGGCUUUAGAUCAUUGUCAAUUCGCAGAAGCUAUAAGAUUUUUAACUGAACCAACAGUUACUGUGGAUUGGGAUAUAAAGGUUAUGCAGGUGUUAUUGAAAAAUGUGGGUCCUUAUGAUGCGUUGAAAUAUGCAAAUCUUAACAAUAUUCAAGAAACUUCACCUGAAAAUAUAGAAAUCUAUAUGGAAAUUCUAUUGCACUGUGAUAUAUGUGAAGCCUUACUUUUUCAAGUGCAUAAAUUAAAUAUAUUGCUUAAUACUGUAAUGGAUGAAAAUGAACGUGCGAUUUUAAAUAAAUAUUGCGAAAUCGAAGACCAAGAAACACGAAAACACUUUUUAAUUAUUUACAAUAUUCAUCAUGGCAAUAUUGUUGAAUCUAUUAAAGAAAACGAAUUACUAAAGCGAAGAGGUGAAAGCAUUGGAAGUGGAACAGUAAGCACUCACAUGCGAAAUAAAUACAUUGGAAGUAUUAUGGAGACAUUACCUCCAAUGCAACUGAAAGAAAUUUCUAUGGAGAUCGAUAAGGCCUUAAGUCAUGAUGAAA